GAGGUGGGCAUUUCCAAGACUGUGUGCUUGUGUGGUGGGCGGGGGGGACACACGAUGACCUUCCCCUCUUCAGGAAGACCUAAAAGCGAAAAGCAACCCCCAGCGAGACCCCCCUGUGCUGAUGGUUUUCAGGGACUUGUUGGCAACUCAGCGAGGGUUGCCAUAGCUUUUUUAUGUAGGGUGACCAGAACCGGCUGAAACUGGUUUGAGGCAGAUCAGCUCCUGAACACAAUGCAGUCACUGAGCUACUACAGUGGGAUAGCAGCUUCCUCCCUUCAUGGCAGCCAAAAGCAGAGGAGCUUUGCAGGAAGGUACCAUCCCAACACAGUAUGUGAAUGCACACUUAGACACCACACAGCACUGGUACGUGACUAAUGGAGUCCUAAAAGAUUCUGUGUAGGGCAGAUGGGGAAAAAGGUGCAGGUUUGCAAGGUCUGAGAUUACUUGGGCUUUUCCUGCCUUUUUCUUUUGCUUAAGGGAUGGACAAGGAGCUGAGAUUUAUGACCCUUAUUAAAGAAAAAAAAUGCGACUUGCUAGGGUGGGGACACUUGGUUUAUGCAGUCUCUCUCGCUCUCUCUUUCUCUGUUUUUAACAAAACCAAACCAAAAUGAACUGAUGGAUUUGAAAUGGUAGUUUGUUUGUUGCUGGAGAAUGCUACUUUGCAUGCUUUUUUUUCUCUUGCAGGCUAUGUUCUGUUUUGUGCUUUUCCUUUUAGAAGCUACUAAAGGGUGUUGGGGAUACUUCUGACUAUUAUGAAGGCCAAAGGCCUGUUGACUGGGGCUGCUUUUAACCCUUUCAUGUUUGCAGAGAAUGCAACUGUGUGACAGUAACUGAACACUGGUCCAAAGUCUUUCCUAAAGGUCAAGGUUCACCAGCUGGUUUAGGAAAAGUGAAGAAGCAGAGGCAGACCUGUGUAACCGAACCAAACCGGCUUGGCGUUCGGAAUGGAGUCGGAGUGAGGAAAUGGCUUUCCCUGAUGAGCAAUUCAGAUUGAAGUGGGGGAGAAGCAAAAGAACAUCUGAUCAAAUUCAUGACCAUGGGGGAUAUGAAGACCCCAGACUUUGACGACCUCCUGGCAGCCUUCGACAUCCCAGAUAUGGUCGAUCCGAAAGCAGCUAUCGAAUCUGGACACGACGACCAGGAGAGCCACAUCAAGCAGAGCGCUCACGUGGAUGACGACUCCCACACGCCAUCCUCUGCUGACGUCGGCGUCAGUGUUAUCGUAAAGAACGUGCGCAGCAUCGACUCCUCUGAGGGCGCAGAGAAGGACGGCCACAAUCCCACAGGCAACGGCUUACAUAAUGGGUUUCUCGCGGCGUCGGCGCUGGACAGUUACAGUAAAGACGGAUCGAAGUCCAUGAAGGGAGAUGUGCCUACCUCAGAGGUGACUUUGAAAGACUCAACGUUCAGCCAGUUUAGCCCUAUCUCCAGUGCCGAAGAGUUUGACGACGACGAGAAGAUAGAGGUGGAUGACCCCCCCGAUAAAGAGGACGUGCGUUCAAGCUUUAGGUCGAAUGUGUUGACGGGGUCGGUUCCCCAACAGGACUACGAUAAACUAAAGGCCCUGGGAGGGGAGCCCUUGAGCAAAACUGGAAUCUCUGCUCCAGGCAAUACAGAGAAGAACAAAGUCGUUAAGAGAGAGACAGAAACAAAUUCCAUAAAUCUGAGCGUUUAUGAACCUUUUAAAGUCAGAAAAGUGGAGGAUAAAUUGAAGGAAAACUCCGAAAAGGUGCUUGAAAACAGGGUCCACGAUGGGAAGCUGAGCUCCGAGAAGAACGACACCACCCUCGGCGGCAUGGGCCCGGCAAGGUCGAAGCCAUCCUCCAAGCUUUCUUCGUGCAUAGCUGCCAUCGCAGCUCUUAGUGCUAAAAAGGCUGCUUCAGACUCCUGCAAAGAACCCGUGACCCAUUCACGGGAAUCCUCUCCAUUACCAAAAGAAGUAAAUGAUAGUCCCAGAGCCAUUGAAAAGUCCCCUGAAUCCCAGAGUCUUAUCGAUGGGACGAAAAAAGCGUCCCUGAAGCAGCCAGACAGCCCCAGGAGCAUUUCCAGUGAGAACAGCAGCAAAGGAUCUCCGUCCUCCCCUGCAGGAUCGACACCAGCAAUUCCCAAAGUUCGCAUAAAAACCAUUAAGACGUCGUCUGGGGAAAUCAAGAGGACAGUGACGAGGGUGUUGCCGGAAGUCGAUCUUGACUCUGGAAAGAAGCCUUCUGAGCAGACGGGGCCCGUGAUGGCGUCCGUGACGUCGCUCCUGUCCUCUCCGGCGCCAGCGGCCGUCCUUUCCUCUCCCCCCAGAGCGCCUCUGCAGUCGGCGGUCGUUACCAACGCAGUGACCCCCGCAGAGCUGACCCCCAAACAGGUCACGAUUAAGCCUGUGGCAACUGCCUUCCUCCCAGUGUCUGCCGUGAAGACGGCGGGAUCUCAAGUCAUUAAUUUGAAGCUCGCUAACAACACAACGGUCAAAGCCACGGUCAUAUCUGCUGCGUCCGUUCAGAGCGCCAGCAGCGCCAUCAUUAAAGCCGCCAGCGCCAUCCAGCAGCAAACCGUUGUGGUGCCGGCAUCCAGCCUGGCCAACGCCAAACUCGUGCCAAAGACUGUGCACCUCGCCAACCUUAACCUCCUGCCUCAGGGCGCCCAGGCCACCUCCGAGCUCCGCCAAGUGCUAACCAAACCUCAGCAGCAAAUAAAGCAGGCAAUAAUCAAUGCAGCAGCCUCGCAACCGCCCAAAAAGGUGUCUCGAGUCCAGGUGGUGUCCUCCCUGCAGAGUUCUGUGGUGGAAGCUUUCAACAAGGUGCUGAGCAGCGUCAACCCCGUUCCAGUUUACAUCCCCAACCUCAGCCCCCCUGCUAACGCAGGCAUCACGUUACCGACCCGCGGGUACAAGUGCUUGGAGUGUGGCGACUCCUUCGCGCUUGAGAAGAGUCUGACCCAGCACUACGACAGACGCAGUGUGCGCAUCGAAGUAACGUGUAACCACUGUACAAAGAACCUCGUUUUUUACAACAAGUGCAGUCUCCUUUCCCAUGCCCGCGGGCAUAAGGAAAAGGGAGUCGUAAUGCAGUGCUCCCACUUGAUUUUAAAGCCAGUCCCAGCAGAUCAAAUGAUUGUUUCUCCGUCAAGCAAUACUUCUGCUCCAUCUUCCACUCUUCCGAGCUCCGCGGGGGCUGGCACACACACUGUAACGAAAAUUCAGUCUGGUAUAACUGGGACCGUCAUAUCAGCUCCUUCGAGCACACCCAUCAUUCCAGCUAUGCCUCUGGAUGAAGACCCAUCCAAGCUCUGCAGGCAUAGUCUGAAAUGUUUGGAGUGUAAUGAAGUUUUCCAGGAUGAGACAUCGCUGGCUACACAUUUCCAGCAGGCCGCAGAUACGAGUGGACAAAAGACUUGCACUAUCUGCCAGAUGCUGCUUCCUAACCAGUGCAGCUAUGCAUCACACCAGAGAAUCCAUCAGCACAAAUCUCCCUACACCUGCCCCGAGUGCGGGGCCAUCUGCAGGUCGGUGCACUUCCAGACCCACGUCACCAAGAACUGUCUGCACUACACGCGGAGAGUUGGUUUUCGAUGUGUACAUUGCAAUGUUGUGUACUCUGAUGUGGCCGCACUGAAGUCUCACAUUCAAGGUUCUCACUGUGAAGUCUUCUACAAGUGUCCUAUUUGUCCAAUGGCGUUUAAGUCUGCCCCAAGCACACAUUCCCACGCCUACACACAGCAUCCCGGCAUCAAGAUAGGAGAACCAAAAAUAAUAUAUAAGUGUUCCAUGUGCGACACUGUAUUUACCCUGCAAACUCUGCUGUAUCGCCACUUUGACCAACACAUCGAAAACCAGAAGGUGUCUGUUUUCAAGUGUCCAGACUGUUCUCUUUUAUAUGCACAGAAGCAACUCAUGAUGGACCAUAUCAAGUCUAUGCAUGGAACAUUGAAAAGUAUUGAAGGGCCGCCAAACUUGGGCAUAAACCUGCCUUUGAGCAUUAAGCCUACAACUCAAAACUCAGCAAAUCAGAACAAAGAGGACACCAGAUCUAUGAACGGAAAAGAGAAACUGGAAAAGAAAUCUCCAUCUCCUGUGAAGAAAUCAGUGGAACCCAAGAAAGUGGCCAGUCCUGGGUGGACGUGCUGGGAGUGUGACCGCCUGUUCACCCAGAGGGACGUUUACAUUUCCCACGUGAGGAAGGAGCACGGGAAGCAAAUGAAAAAGCAUCCUUGCCGCCAGUGUGACAAAUCUUUCAGCUCCUCGCACAGCCUGUGCCGUCACAAUCGGAUCAAGCACAAAGGCAUCAGGAAAGUUUAUACCUGCUCGCACUGCCCAGACUCCAGGAGGACCUUUACGAAACGGUUGAUGCUGGAGAAACACAUCCAGCUCAUGCACGGUAUCAAGGAUCCCGAUUUGAAAGAAAUGACAGAAGCCACCAACGAGGAGGAAACAGAGAUAAAAGAAGACACCAAGGUUCCCAGCCCCAAGCGGAAGUUGGAAGAACCAGUUUUAGAGUUCAGACCUCCCAGGGGAGCAAUUACUCAACCGCUGAAAAAGCUAAAGAUAAACGUCUUUAAGGUUCACAAAUGCGCCGUGUGCGGCUUCACCACCGAGAAUCUGCUGCAGUUCCACGAACACAUCCCGCAGCACAAAUCGGACGGGUCUUCCUACCAGUGCCGCGAGUGUGGGCUCUGCUACACGUCGCACGUCUCGCUGUCCAGGCACCUGUUCAUCGUGCACAAGCUGAAAGAGCCUCAGCCGGUGUCCAAGCAGAACGGGGCAGGGGAAGAGAACCAGCCGGAGAACAAGCCCAGCCCCGAGGACGGGGCGUCCGACGGCGCCGUGUCCGACAGGAAGUGCAAAGUGUGCGCAAAAACGUUUGAAACUGAAGCUGCCUUAAACGCUCACAUGCGGACCCACGGCAUGGCCUUCAUUAAAUCCAAAAGAGCGAGUUCAGCUGAGAAAUAGCCACAGACCGACCUUCCAUGAGGGAAAUCCCUGUCCACAUUGGAAUUAAAACAGACGUUUUUGUUACAAAAAGUUUGCAGAAUAAUAGAGUUGACAGUACUGUCUAGGCUGUUGCGAUAUAUUCUCCUUCCGCGCGUACCUUCUUCACCUCGUCGUGUUUAUCCUCAAUAAGUAUUAAAACCGUAUUUGAGUUUAAAAGAGUUUGUAUAUAUUUAAAUGAAUAACUUUUUAUACUCUUUGUUACAUGUUUGUAUCAGUAUUUAGUAGGAAAUGUUUUGAGUUUGUUUUUUUUUGGGGGGUUAGAAUUUUUCUUUUUGUAUUAUUUCUUUAACACAGAGUUCUUUAGUAACAGGGGCAGUUCCUGAACUCAAAUAAACCAUUUUGUAUGUUAUGGAUUUAAAAGGGUUAAUUAAUUCCAGGCUAAGACAAUGCCUUUUUUAGUGUUUUUAAUUUUUAGCAUUCACUACAUAAAUCGUAGGUGAUCGUGGGUCUCAAAACACUAGGGACUUUUAAGUGUCUUAGCACUAUCCUCAACGUGCCUGCUCGAAGCCCGGGAGUGCGUGAUCCAGACACACCCGCACCCCGGCGGCGUGUGGCAUCUUCCCCAGGCCAUGCCAACCAGUGUUGAAAGCAGCCUUGCAGCUAGUUUCUUUCCCCGUGGUGAAUGAAAACUUAGGCCAGAAAUCCAGUCAGAAAGGGGAAUUUCCUUCCUUCCAUCUUAGAAUGGGGAAGGAGGAUAUGCUCAAGGUAAAAAUGCGGGCUGGUGGUUUUCUGGUCUAGAUUUGCAAGGCUGGCUUAAAGAGCACAAAGAGAUAAAGUUACGAAAGGGCUGGACUACUGUAAAAGUUACAAAUAACGUAGUUAGACCAAUAGAUUUAUAUAGUCGAGUUUUCGUCAUGUAAUUUAUUAACUAUUAUAAAGACAACAACUAAAGAUAUCAAGUAUUUCUCUGGCUCUUGACAGGAAGACAGAAAUCGUAGUCGACUUCACCCUUUGCUGUCUCAAGAGUUGGCAUUUCCUGGGUGCUACUGCCGAACAUUCUGGUACUUAGAGUUGGGAUGCUCAGCUUUAACCACCAACUUAUCAAUGCAGCAGCCUGCGCUCGGCGAUCAGCCAUUAGAUUAAGCACUGAGCCGCCUGGGUCUAGUUCGUUCAUUUCAAUAAGUAUAUUUACUCUCGGUAGUUCUGCUUUAUUUGAAGUGCAGCAGAGGUACUGUUCUGUCCCCUCCGUUUAUAGUUCUCUGGGAAAGUUAUAUUUUUCGGUUUUCGUUUUUGUGUUUUCUUUGGCAUUUUAUAUCUUGUAUUUAUCCCCAAACAUGUUUUGUACUUUUUCUUUCUUUUUUUUUUUUUUUUUAAGAAAAGCAGUUCCUUUGUGUAUAUAUAGAUACUUGCAUGGAUCUACCGUAGUCAGCAUUCGGUUGCUCAGAAGGUCUUGCUGCUGUGAGGUGUUACGCACUACACCCGUCAUAACUGUAUUAAACACAUUUCACAUGUAAAUAAACGUGGGACGUUUGGCCCUUGUCCUUCUGUGAGAGAGUUAUUGAUGGUGGGACUGUGACAUCCUCAUGAAACUUAGGAAAUGAUUCAUUGCAGGGACAGGCUACAGGAUAUUGCAGAAUUCUUCCCACUCAGAAGAAGGACGUAUUUGUUCUCCUUAGCAAUCAGCUAUUUUGUCAACUUUCUUGUCGACUCCAUCAGGACAUCGGUGUAAUCCGAGGGCAUGAUUAAGUAUUCCUCAACUUGAAAUUCAAUUGCUGUUACUUGUUCUAUUUAUACUUGUAUUGCUCUAAGUUGUAUUCAUUGCACUUUCAUAAUGUUUCUGCAUUUGAACCUUGCAAUAAACCUGUGUGGUGGGCUGCACAGGUCUUACUAGCCUAGUUUCACAGUUGAGGAAGCUGAGCUCUGCUUAAAUUCUUUGCCUAAGCCCUCAUAGCUGGUAAGUGGCUUUGCGUAUUAGAACCCAGAUAUUCUUGCUCUAAAUCUAGUGCUCGCUCUAUGUGUUUAUGUACAUAUUGACAAAUAUUCAUUUAUUCAACAAAUAAAAAGUAUGUGCAAAACACGA